GUUGCAAAAUGGCUGCGCCCUACCAGCUGUACACCUUUUCUGAGCUCAAUGAACCUGCAUUUUGCAAAGUUGUUCAAACUUUUGAUUCCUAUUCAUUUGACAAAUUGGCAGGCAUUCAGAAAGUUUUUGAAAGUUUACUGAAAAGUAAGGACCAGCUUUCUAGACUUCAUUCAGAAGGGAAACUGCUACGCAUAUUCAUCUUCAAGAAGACAGGACAACUGCGAAAAGAAAAAUCAUUGCAGCUUUUGAAAAGGAUCAAGACGUGUCUAUCUCGUAUUCCAGUCCUUGAAAAGAUUUUGUGCCAAGCAGCCGAUUUCAAUGCUGAUCUUAAGAGCAUAUUGAAAUCGGGGCACAGUAGUUCCUCUCACUAUGUGACCUGCCAGCAGGCCUGGACCUACUUUUUGUUCCUGAUCUUUCGAAGCACAGAACUUCUGGAGGCAACGAUGAACUACUGUGGCGCUGCCUUUGAACAUCUGAGCUGCCAUCUAGCCACUGGAAUGCUUAUUCCUCAGAUGUUGUUGUUCAUGGCAGUCGUGGGUAGAAUUUGGAUGGUGUGCAGUACACUUGGAAUGAAACUUAAAGGAGCUUAUAAUAUGUUGAUUUCUGCAAAAGAAAUGAUUGACAGGAGCCCCUCAGACUGGAAAGAUCCUGAAUUGCCACAGAAAUUGAGUACUGAGGACAAAGAGUUCAGCGAGGUGCUUGAAAAAAGAAAAAGGCUGUUCGCUGAUCUAACUCAGUCAGGGCUUCCUCGUGAGGUGGAGGCCAGUUUGGAUCAUCUCCCCUGCCCUUCAGGGACCCAUUUGUCAUCACAGGAUAUGCCGUACUCCUCCGUGCAAGAGGAGGAGGACAUAGGAGUAGGAGUGAUGCAAGAGGAGGAGGACAUAGGAGUUGGAGUGAUGCAAGAGGAGGAGGACAUAGGAGUAGGAGUGAUGCAAGAUGAAGGCCUAGGAGUUGUGCUCUGUUCAAAGAGGAAGCUGGAUACUGACCGGAGCCUCAAUAGUACCCACAAGAAGAUGAGACUGGACAUACAGCAAGCUGCACCGAAACAGAAGGCAAAGAAAAAGAAAAAGGGAAAGCUUGACGUUGGAGGGCCUCUCAAUGAUCUGGAGCAUAAAAUGAUGAAAAAGAAGAAAAAGCUCAAAAAGAAGCUUGCAGUAUCUACCACUGUGUCUUCAGAAAGGCAUGAAGAAACAAAAGGAGAAAAUCUGGCUGAUGGCAGCUCCAUAAAGAAGAAGAAGAAGAAAAAGAAAGGACUUAACAAAACGCUUGGACAACUUCCAAUAGAUGAAAAUAUUUUCAAGGAGUCGGGAACUGACAUAAAUCAGAACAUGGCACAGGGGGAAAAGGCUUUGUGUCUUGUAAAUGUUGAACCUUCAGUGAGUAAAGACAGUGCAUGUGUACAAGUUUCUCAACAGAAGAAAAAGAAACGGAAAGCGAUGAUGCUGAAUGACCAAUCAUUGGAAAAAGAGAAGCCUUCCCAACUGAAGACUAAAAACAAAAAGAAGACUAAAAAGUUAAAAAAUUCUGGUGCUAUUCAAAACCAACCAUCGAAAAAAGAGAAGCCUUCGAAAUUGAUGAUUAAAAACAAAAAGAAGGCUAAAAAGUUGAAAAAUUCUGGUGCUAUUCGAAAAUAAAGUUAUUCAAAGGUUUAUUAUUUAAAA